AUGGCCGAAGCCCAAGCAAAGCUGCAGGCUCUUUCUGAGGACUACCAGAAGCUGCAACAAGAACUUCAGACAGUCGUUGCCUCGAGGCAGAAGCUACAAGCGCAAAAGACUGAGAACCUCGGUGUUCAAAAGGAAUUUGAGAAUCUCAAGGAUGAGGAGAAUAUUUACAAGCUCGUCGGCCCAGUCUUGCUGAAGCAGGACAAGGUUGAGGCCGAGAGCACAGUCAAGGGACGCAUAGAAUUCAUUGGCAAAGAAAUUGAGAGGACGGAAAAGCAGAUCAAGGAUAUCCAAGACAAGAUUGAGAAGAAGAAGACGGAAAUCAUUCAGACUCAGUCGACGGCUCAGGCAGCUGGUCCUUCUCAGGUCGCUGCACAGAGUUAA